UUCUGAUAAGGCAAGCAUUAUUCCCUGGACUUUUUCUGCUUCCUGGUCACGCUACUAUACAACCUUGGAUUUUGAGUGGCAAUUUGUUGUCUAAUAGUUAGAGGAUUGAGCUACAACUUUCACAGUAUAUAUAUAUAUAUAUAUCCAGCCUCCUAUUUAUUAGGAGGUUAAAGAAUGAUGAUGACCAGCACUACCACUGAUCAUGUGAAAAUGGAGCCCCCUUUUUAUCAUGAGGAUACUCUGAAUUUGCAGGACUUUGCUCAGAUCUCAGGCUAUAGUGGGGCCACCAUUGGAGGUACUACAGGCUCUCACCAAGGUGGUGGAGGAGAUACUGACGUCAGGUACACCCCUGGACAUAAAAUGAUGAGUGCCAAUAUUAUAAUUCAAGGAAACAACCUGAAAAAGAAGAGCUUGCCUCCUGUCUUGUCUGCUCCGGUUCCAGCUGCUGUCAUUCCUGUUGGAUUCUCUGAGGUUAUUACUCGUGGAAGCCAAGCACUGAAGUUGAUGCAGGGUGGAGGCAGUAGACUCGGUGAGUCUUCAGGGGGUGGUCGUGAUGUAGUGGUAGGAAAUGACCUCAGUCCUGUGCCAGUGACGGCAGAAGGUGGUGCCUUAGUGGUGGCAACUGGAAGCAGUACUGCAGGCAGUAGCAACAGCGGCAGCACCCCACCGGAUGUCCCUCUUCUUCCUUCAGCUUCAGCUCUGAAUCUACUUAAACUUACUCCACCUGAACUAGAGCAUCUCUUAAUCCAGGCUGCCAAUCCUGGUCUUUCAGCCACAUCCAGCAGUAUUCCCAGUCCUGCUACAAUAGCUCCCCCACAGCAGGGUACACCAGUACCUACAACCACAGUUCCACAUCCCUUUCUGUACCGCAACCAGCAGGUUAUCACCCAAGAGCAGGAAGGAUUUGCAGAUGGCUUUGUAAAAGCUUUAGCAGAUCUCCAUAAGCAGAAUCAAUUAUUGGGAGCACCUAUUUCACCAUCCGCUCUAGCUACAAGCUCUCCCUCUUAUCCAACUCGAUCACUGCAUCCGGCUGGAGAGGUACCUGUCUACACCAACCUCAGCAGCUUCAAUCCAGCAGCGGCUACACAGCUCAGCCCUACUCUUCCUCAACCUCCCCCCCCAGCGACUUACACUGGUAAUACUGCCAGUACUAUACCGGCUGUCCAGUUACAUUUUCCAGGGCUCAAUCGGUUGCACACAGUAAGGGGUCCUCUAGAUGAACCACAAACCGUACCUGAUGUGUCCCAGCCUGGUGCUCCAGCAGGCAGCGCAGGAGAUACAAGCACACCACCUUCUCUUUCCCCAAUUGAUCUAGAGACACAGGAACGGAUCAAAGCAGAAAGGAAAAGACUGAGGAACCGAAUUGCUGCCUCAAAAUGCCGUAAAAGGAAGCUGGAGCGAAUUGCACGCUUGGAAGAGAAGGUGAAAGUGCUCAAGUCCCAGAACUCUGACCUGGCAUCCACUGCUAGUCUCCUGCGAGAGCAAGUAUCUCAGCUGAAACAUAAAGUUAUGAGCCAUGUCACUAGUGGUUGUCAGAUAGCUGUGGCCAAAACUUCUCCAGGGUCCAAGACCGGAGAUGCUUCUACUUGCUGAAAAGGUUAAAGAAUGCAACUUUAUAUAGUUACAUGAGAAGCAACAAGUGACUCCCACAGAGUUGAGGCUGUGGUGUUGGCCUCCUCAGAAGUGCGCUGCAACAUUUGCUUCAUUUGGCUGCCUUGCCUUUAUAUUUUCUUUUUUUCCCGCCCGAGGCAAGCUGUUUGUGCAAGACUUAGCGACUAAUAAGUAAAAAUAUAACGUGCCGAUGGAGUAGCAGAGAAUGUGCAGAUAUGCCAAAAGAACAAGCUGUUGCCAGCCAUACUCUUGUGGGGAACUGGGGAGGCCUCUUUAGCGACUCUACAACGUGGGAAAGGAGCUCGACUGUUCACAUGAAAUUGCUUUAUGUGAGAGGAAGGAACACUGCAAUGCUGUUUGUUACGAGCGGCAAAUAAUCUGCAAGGAUUAUAAUUCUUUUUCAAGACCAUAGGGUGACAUUGAGCCUGUGAGAAUGAGCUAUCGCAGUCCCUCCCUCCGCCCAGCCUUUAUUUAACUCGCUGGACCUGUUUCUGCUCCACAAACAGAAGAACUGCCUUCUAUACAACAUAAAAAAAGGGGGUAAAGGAGCCUAUCAAGGUGGAUAGCAAACAGCAAUUCCCACUUAGAGCCUGGGAUGGCUGAAACGCAUCUAUGUAAAAAAGAAAUAUUGCUUGCGUUGUAGUAGCCGGUGCCAAAGCUUUUGGUGUUGCCCCCCCACAGGCAGAUACUUUAGAGAGCGACAGAUUGUUUUACGCAGAUUAUUACUAGAGAGAUAAAACAUGAUUAUUUUUGCUGCCAAGCUAAAAAAUCCCCCCCCCCACCCCAAAGAAAACUGUUUGCUGUUUCUGCUUGCAUAGAAAGCAAAGCAAGCAGCCAAAUGUUCUGUAAACUUGGAGCGAUCCUUGUUUCUCUAUAGUAUUUUUUACUAAUGUUCCGGAUUAUCAGUCAUUUUGUUUUUAUCCUUAAAAUUGGUUAAGCAACUUUACAAGGAAAAUAAUUCCUAGGGAUGGCUAAAGUCAUGGAUAACAUAUCUGCCAAAGCAAGUAUAUAGUGAUAAUCGCUAAAGCUAUAAAGAGCUAAAAGAAAAGAGGAGAUUCAGUUCUGCCUUAUGUUUGGGCGGUGAAAUCUUCCCAGUACAUGUUCUUUUUAGCUGGAGCUAUUUAAAGGGAGCUCACAUAUUUGGAGACAUUGCUUUUUAAGAUAUUCUAAGUAUUUAAAGUCCUGUAACGGUAGAUGGCAAUGAAGUGCUUAGACUGAGAAAUAUCUUUUAUUUAUUGCACUCAGUCUGAAGCAAGACUUUAAAUAUUGUUGCGUUUUACAUAUUUUGGGUAUUGCACUAAGUUCUAAAUGUAUUUUUGUAUACUAAAGUGAUGUGUUUCAAUUGCCGAGCAAAUUAUUUAAUAUUUAAGCAAACCAGGGACCAUGAUGCUUUAUUAUCGACUUCUUAUUAAGUGUGGUUUUGACAAUAUUUCAAGUUAAUGGCCCUGGGACCAAAACUCUAUUUUCAAGUACAGAACAGCUUUGUGUAUAAGCAGAUGCAUCGCUGUCCUCAGUCUAUCGGACUUGUGCUAAUCAUAUGCUUCUGUAUGCGUAGACCGGUGGUAUUUUUGUUUUAAACGUGAGGCCUUUGGGUCAGGAUCCGUUUUUGAGUGGCUGUUGGUUGGUCUUUCUAGGAAUAAUUGGAAUAAAUUGCGAUUAAGACAUAAUGCAGCGGCUUGUAAAUAUCAUAAGGGAACCCAAGGAAGUACAUUGAGUCUUGAGCGCUACUUGGAUCCUGACCACAAAGUGUUAAGAGGUCGUGACCUAGACUAAUGCUGAGAAAGGCUUUAGCGGCAUCGCAUCUAAACACUCAGAAAUACAAAAGAUAUUUGACAAAUAGUUUUUUUUAUGGGAUAUAUUUAUUUUCUAAAUAUAAAUGUCAUUGUAUUUUUGCUAGAAUAUGAAAUGUAAUGUAUACUAAAAGCUAUCUGGUCAUUGCACAUUGUAUUCAAUUUGCAAGUCAGACGUGAAUGUCCAUAGAAUGGGAGAGAAAGAUCCUACAAUUUAAAAAAAGUAAUUUUAACUUUAUUUUUUUGGGGGGGACUUGGGCUGCUUUGACACUGUUUUGCGAUGUCCGCUUAUCAGCGAAUACAUCCAAUGUUAUCAUGCCGUGUAGGACAAAAGAUUGUCCUUUUGGGGUCUUCACCACGCCAUACAAACAUAUCCAAUAACAAAAAAGUAUAUCAUGCGGUAUACCUUUUUACACAUAUGGGCCAUGUAUGCCAUUAUAUACAGUGGUAUAGCCUUCUGAUGUAGGUCUCUGACAGACACUGCAAACACAGAGUGAGAGCAGCUUUAGGCCGCCUUCACAAAGUCGGUGUUUAAUCAGUGGUUUCCAUCAGUGAUCCAAAAUCAGGCAGGGGUUUACACAGAACAGGUGCACAUCUUUCCAUUAUACCUUAUCUCUGAGUAGCUUCCACUCCUGGUGUUGGUUCACAAUCAUUGAUAGAAAUCACUGACUCUUUGAAAGCAGCCUCAGGCUACUUUCACACUCGCGUUUGGUGCGGAUCCGUCAUGGAUCUGCACAGACGGAUCCGUUCAGAUAA